AUGGCUUCCCAUCUGUCUCCGCCCCCAGGCGCGGGCCCCCAGGAGUAUGACUACAACCCCCUAGUUCCGUUAAAAUACUGGCUGCGGUCGGCCGCCGCACUCAUCAGCCAGGCCUCCAUCUACGAACGAGAAGGACACGACGAAGAAGCCUACCUGCUUCUCUUCCGACACGCGCAACUGGUCCUCGUGAACCUCGCAAAACACCCCGGUGCCAAAGACCCCCAGAAUCAAAAGGGCCUGCUGGAGGCAGAGAAGGAGGUCCAGAAGAAUCUCGCCAAGCUGGAGACGCUGAAACCUCGCAUUAACAAGCGGUAUGAGCGCUACCUCCAGCUGGCGCGUGACCGCAAAGCCCGUGGUUCCUCCCGGGGGAGUGUCACUUCGUCUGACUUCGGGCAAAAAGCUGCCCACGACCCCGGGGUGGUUGCUGAGCCGUUGGAAGCGCGGGAGAAUAAAGAUUUGGCGGUUAAGUUGGCCCGCACGGAGAUCAGCCGGAGAGCGACGGUGCGGAAGGCUGUUCAUGACGCUGGGAUAUCGCCCGAGGAAGAGCGGCGGCGUCGCACGGCGGGGGUUUGGGGCCAGUGGGAGCAUGAGUUGGAGAAGGACGAACGGGAUACGAAUGGGGAUCUGAGUCGGCGGAUUCAGGAUGUGAGGACGCAUAUGGACUCGGCCCCUGCUGACCAGCGCCAAAAUCGGCUGUCCAAAUCGGCCGUCAGGCCACCGGCGACCUCGUCAACUUCAGGAUACAAGUACCCGACGGUUCCUCCUCGCCAGAAGCUUUCAGAUACCUUGCCCCUUUCGCCAACCAACAGACCUCGAGACGACUCAACGGUCCGUCUGGAGGCUCCAUUGCUACCUCCUAAAGACCCACUCAUCCAGCCAGCGCUCUUUGACACGCCGCCACCACCACGACCAGAUAAGGUGUCGUCGACUCCUCCCGCGCCCCCGGCUUCCGCUCCGCCUCUCCCAUCCAAGGUCCAGCCCGCAGAGGAUGGAGAAAGCGCACGCAGUAAACUAGACCCAUCCAGCUUCACCUUCAAGCCCGCUGCAUACCUCGAGAACGGCAGCCCUCUCCGCACAGUCUUCCUCCCCCCAGAGCUGCGCUCCCAAUUCCUAUCGAUAGCCGAGCCCAACACACGGCGCAAUCUGGAAACAUGCGGCGUCCUCUGCGGCACACUAAUCUCCAACGCCCUCUUCAUCUCCCGCCUCAUCAUCCCCGAACAAACCUCCACCUCAGACACCUGCGAGACCCUCAACGAAUCCGCCAUCUUCGACUACUGCGACUCGGAAGACCUAAUGAUGCUCGGUUGGAUCCACACCCACCCCACCCAGACAUGCUUCAUGAGCUCCAGAGACCUGCACACCCACUGCGGCUACCAAGUCAUGCUGCCCGAAAGCUUCGCCAUCGUCUGUGCCCCCAGCAAGAUGCCCGACUGGGGCAUCUUCCGCCUGACUGAUCCGCCGGGCCUGAAAACCGUCCUCAAUUGUACCCAGUCCGGUCUGUUUCAUCCUCAUGCUGAGAGUAAUAUCUACACUGAUGCCCUACGACCGGGCCAUGUCUUCGAGGCUAAAGGGUUGGAUUUCGAGGUCGUGGAUUUACGGCCUAAUGGGUCGCAUUUUUAA